GCUCUUGCUCUUGUGUCCAGUGCAGUCCAGUGUCCGAUGCCAACUGGAUGUCAACAGGUUUCAAGAGAGAUGGUGAUUGACAAUAACCGCGAAUGAACUUCAAUCUUCGAAAAAACACGUGGAGACACGCAAAGCUAGAUUUCAAAUUAUUAUCGAACUUUCAACUAUGGCGAUGAGCAAAUUUGAAUACGUGAAACAGUUUGAACGAGAUGAUUCUUGUUUACCUAAUUGUUGGAUCGUGGUUAGGAUUGACGGGCGAAGUUUUUCCAAAUUUUCUGCUGCUCAUCAAUUUAUUAAACCUAACGAUGCUGCAGCUUUAGAGCUAAUGAAUCGUGCAGCUAUCACCGUCAUGGAAGACUUCAGGGAAAUUGUUCUGGCAUUUGGUCAGAGUGAUGAAUAUUCAUUUGUAUUCAGGAAAGAUACACAGCUGUUUAAGCGUAGAGCUUCCAAGUUGAUGUCUAACGUGAAUUCCUUGUUUACUUCAUCCUAUGUAUUUCAUUGGCCUCGUAUCAUGGGGAAUAAAGAACUCCGCUAUCCACCCUCGUUUGAUGCUCGUGUUGUUCUUUAUCCAACUGAUAAAAACCUAAGAGAUUAUUUAUCCUGGAGGCAAGCUGAUGUCCAUGUUAAUAAUCUAUAUAAUACUUGUUUCUGGAACCUUGUUUUAAAGAGACAAAUGACAUCUGCGCAGGCAGGUGAGAAAUUAAAGGGAACACUAUCAUCACACAAAAAUGAAUUGCUGUUCCAAGAGUUUGGAAUAAAUUACAAUGAUGAACCAGCAUCUUUUCGAAAAGGUACUACCCUCAUUCGAAAAUUAGCGCCUGAUGGGAAUGGUAAACUGAAACCUAUAGUUGUAUCUCUGGUAGAUGACAUCAUUGGUGAUCGUUUUUGGAAAGAAAAUCAUGAAGUGAUAGGACUAAAAAGUUUGGCGACUUAUCAGCGUUUAACUGCGACGAAUAACUCUACUUCAAAUACAGUGCCUACCCCUAUACACUAUAUAAAUAAUAUAUCACCUUCCUCUAAAGGUAAUCAGUUAAAUUCCAUAAGAGACGAUUCACAUACAGAAGGAAAUCGUGUAUUAAAUAGAGAAAUAAUGCAGUGCAAUCCAACUAAUAGUGAACAACUACAUAACAAAUAAGUAGUUUUUUCCUAUAAUAUAAAUAAUAUCGUAUUCCUGGAUAUGCUAUACCAGUUUCACACCAUAUUAGGAACAAUCAGUGAAUGAUAAUGGAGUACUGUGAAAAUAUUCCAUUAAAAGCAGUUUGUUAAAGAAUAUGUAUGUGCAUCUUGACACGUGACUGUAAUAUAUAAGAUAGUUUUAUAUGUAAGUAUAUAAAACAACAUAAUUAUUUUCAUAUUAAGAAAAUGUCAUUGAGUAUUGAGCAUUUCCAUAUCUAUGGUCUAUUAAAUCACUAUAGUACUUGUUAUAAGUGGAAUGCGUUUUAACUUUAUUAGUUUAUACAGUUUGCAGUUAUUAAAUUAACAAUUACACCAAGGGAUAAUACAAUGCAAGACAGUGCUUGACACCGAAGAAUAUAAUAAAAUACACUAUAUACAUA